CGAAAGCGAGCGCCAUUGCGUGGAAGCGGUAGUGUUCCUCUUCCAGUUUCGUACGUGCCUUUUCCGGUGCACCAGCAAACAUGGGUCGUGUCAGGACUAAGACUAUCAAGAAGGCCGCCAGGGUUAUCAUCGAGAAGUACUACACUCGAUUGACCCUUGAUUUUGAUACUAACAAGAGGAUAUGCGAGGAAAUCGCUAUCAUCCCUAGCAAACCCCUCAAGAACAAAAUUGCCGGGUUUGUCACGCACUUGAUGAAGCGCCUCCGUCACAGCCAAGUACGUGGUAUCUCAAUCAAGCUGCAAGAAGAGGAGAGAGAGCGUAGGGACAACUACGUACCCGAAGUAUCUGCCCUUGAGCACGACGUCAUCGAGGUUGAUCCUGAGACCAAGGAUAUGCUCAAGAUGUUGGAGUUCAGCAACAUCUCUGUCCUCCAACUUGUUCAACCAGCUACCCACCAGUUCAACAGGCGAAACUGAAAUUUCUAUUGAAUAAAAAUAAACCUUUUAAAAAAUAGAAAAAAACAGAUACGUGUCAGUUCCAAAUCUCUCUCUCCAAUAAAAACAUCGAGUAUCUGACAAAAA